AUGUCACUGACGUCUUCACAAGUAUCAACUUCCAUAUGGAGGGCUUUUCAGAGAGAGGGCAUCUUUAAGGAGGGGCGAAUAUGUGCUACAACAAUAAGAAAGUCGCUUGCAACCGGCAUGCAUGUACAUAUGCCACAUGAGAAAGAUCAUCUCGCUGCCUUGGCUCAGCAUAAGACGCAAACUCAAGCCAGGUAUUACCGUGUGCAUGACAAAGUUAGAGAAACGGAUUUAGGUCACAGAGCUGUUCACAAACUUGUUUCUCUUAAAACUCACAACAUUCAUGAGGCUCAUUUGGACGGAAAGGAAGAAAUCACAGGAAAACCAUGGUCGGUGGAAGAGACGGAGCAGCUAAAGCGUUUAUUUAGUGAAGACAUUGAGACUGGAGCAAUUGAAGAACCUAAAGUGACAGAAAAGUUGUUAUCAGAAGACCUUCUCAAGGAUCGUUCCAUUAAGGCGGUAGUCUUAAAGCUCAGGAGGCUGAGAAAAGAUCACAUGGAAUCAGUUGAACCCCCUAAUCAAGAAGAGGCAAGUCAUGAGAAAGUGGCCAGAUUUCUCAGCUCAGCAGCGCCACCUGCACCUCCAUCCGAAGUGAAUUCGACAGCAUCUGUUUCCACUGAAUCUUCCAGGUUCUGGAGAAAGUUCUCGGAUGAGCAAGCGAGCUUUCUCUUCAGUAUUACAAGAGAUAUGAUCGAAAGUGAUGCAGUAAAGAGGGAAGUUGUCUGGCAGAGGGUGAAGGAGAAUGAAAAGUCUUUGGAACUCGAGUUGAUUACUGGGAGGGAAAACGAGGAAGAGGAACGCAAAACAAAACAGCGGCUAACAGACAAAGUGAGAAAAAUGGCAAAAGACUUUAAAGGAAAACGGUAA